AUGCCUCCAAAACCCAUCCGCAGACCAUCAUUCUCGGCCAAGGACACUCCCAUGAUUGCUCCUGGCAAUGGCAGUAGACCUACCUUGAAUGCGGCUAUGCUACCCCCGCCAGACCCCGCGCCACCGCAGGCAAUUCUAGAGCCAGAGAUGACUGCUCUCACCACAUGUUUGCGAAAUCGCGCGAUAGCUGUUCUACAACGCGACCUACGUCGUGAGGAAGAGCGUCUGAAGGCAGAAGCAGCUGCAGCAGCUGCUGCCGCUGCCGCCAAACUCCCAACACCUAUUCUAGAUCCCUCGGGGCCCCUCACAUCGUCUCCGCCCGCCUCUCCCACCCAGUCCAUCGGAGCAUCUACUGACCUCUCCGCACCCGACACGCAGAAACCGCCGCUGCCUACGCCAGCCCGACGCCAAUCGACUGUGUCCCUCUCGUCGCUCCAACGGCAGCCCUUCCCGCACAAGCUUGACCUCUCGCCUACCAGCCUCCAUGCUCACCCGGACGAUGUCCUCCAGAGCGGGCUCUCUUCCCCUGUGACGCUCGCGCCGCGUUCCUCCCACCGCAGUUUCCCCCAAGAGCUCGGCAUGGUCGCGUUGUCAGAUGCCGCGAACCGGUCUGUCGACAUCGACCUGACCGUAGGAGACACGGAGAUGGACAUGAGCCUCAACAUCCCUGAUCUGCAGCAAGCGCAGGCUGCCGUCGCUGGCGGUUCGGUCGAUCCGAGCAUCGGCAGCUCUGCGGACAAGCCGAUAGAACUCGACCUAGACAUGGACAUGGACAUGUUCAAGGCGAGCGCCAACGCCGCGAUGGGCGAGCAUUCCAAUCCGUUCUUCGACGGGUCCGCAGCGUCCGUAGCCACGAACAAUCAGGUGUCAAAUGGGAAGACGAAGCAGGAGGAAACAUUCUUCAAUCAUAUGGGUGCACCGUCGGGCCACAGCGGCGAUCUCUUUGGGCCUUUUGGGUCAUCCUUACAGGCUUCACCCUUAGGCAGUCAUGCCGGGCCACAGCAUCUGCAUCCUCCACUAUUAGACGCGGCUCAUACUGCACCAUCUCCCGGGUCGAUCCUGGCUAGCUUCAGCGAUCCGCAACAUGGGAAUGUCGAUAUGAGUUCAAUUGACUUUUCUUCCUUGGGGUCAGGAUUUUUUGAUGAGCACGGAGGUGGCUCCAGUAUCAGCGCUGAAGUUGACCGUUUCCUCAACCUGACUGGCGGUGAUGGAGCAAAGGAUGGCAAAACGUAG